UUUCAAUCUGAGGAAAACAAUUUUUGUUUUGUUUUGAGAAAAGCUAAUAAGAUCGACAACAACAAAAUGAAGUUGAUUCUGUUAUUAGUUUUACUGAUCUUUUUGAAUAUCGAUUUAUCAAAAGAAAUUCCAACUCAAUUAAGUGAUCAGUCUCAUGAGAAUAUGGAUUGUGUAAUGAAAACGAUAAAGAGAAUACAACAAUUAAUUAUUCAGUCUUCUGGACAAAAUCAAACUAUCACUGAGUCAAUAUUAGAAACAGAUAACUUGGAACAAAAAUUACAUUCGCUUAUAGCUACAGUUAUUGGUAUUAUUGAUAACCAAAUAAAUGGACCGAAUUCUCCAUGAUGAUGCAAAAUCUGGCAGGCAGAUAAUGUUUUCUUUCUUUUAUUGUCUGCAUAAGUCAUGAACAGAUGAACUAAUCUGAACUUUGGGA